AUGGGCUCUGAACCAAAGCGGACCUUACCUUUCAGAAAAGGGCCCAAUUUUACCAUGGAAAAAUUCCUUGAUCCAUCUCGUCCAUACAAAUGUACAGUGUGUAAAGAGUCGUUCACCCAAAAGAACAUUCUCUUGGUCCAUUAUAAUUCAGUCUCUCACCUGCAUAAGUUGAAGAAAGUUUUGCAGGAAGCCUCCAGUCCUGUUCCACAAGAAACCAACAGCAGCACAGAUAACAAACCCUACAAGUGCAGCAUUUGCAAUGUUGCUUACAGCCAAAGCUCGACAUUGGAAAUCCACAUGAGGUCUGUGCUCCACCAGACAAAAGCCAGGGCUGCCAAGCUGGAGCCAAGUGGUCAUGUGUCAAGUGGGCACAGCAUCUCAGCAAGUGUUAAUAGCCCUGGCCAAGGGAUGCUAGAGUCCAUGAGUUUAGCAACCGUAAAUAGCAAAGAUACUCACUUAGAUGCCAAAGAAUUAAAUAAAAAGCAAACUCCUGAAUUAAUAUCUGCUCAGCCUACGCAUCACCCACCGCAGUCACCAGCACAAAUUCAGAUGCAGCUACAGCAUGAGUUACAACAGCAUGCUGCAUUCUUCCAGCCCCAGUUUCUAAACCCGGCCUUUCUGCCUCAUUUUCCUAUGACCCCAGAAGCACUGCUGCAGUUUCAGCAGCCUCAGUUUCUUUUUCCAUUCUACAUACCUGGGACGGAGUUUAGCUUGGGGCCAGAUUUGGCCUUGCCGGGCUCUGCCACUUUUGGUAUGCCUGGCAUGACAGGAAUGGCUGGCUCCUUGCUGGAAGACCUGAAGCAGCAGAUUCAAACCCAACAUCACGUUGGCCAGACUCAACUCCAAAUCCUUCAGCAACAAGCACAACAGUACCAAGCCACACAGCCCCAGCUGCAGCCUCAGAAGCAACCACAGCAGCCGCAGCAGCCCCAGCAGCCGCAGCAGGCAGGCAAAUUAUUGAAACAAGAGCAAAGUAACAUAGUGAGUGCAGACUGCCAAAUCAUGAAAGACGGACCAUCUUACAAGGAGGGAGAAGAGGUUGCCGAGAAGCAAGAGAAACCAAAGCAAGAAUUUGUAAGUGAAGGUGAAGGUCUCAAAGAAGGCAAAGACAUAAAGAAGCAAAAAUCCGUGGAACCAUCCGUCUUGCCACCCCGAAUAGCUUCUGGGGCCAGAGGAAACGCAGCCAAAGCUUUAUUGGAAAAUUUUGGUUUUGAACUGGUCAUUCAGUAUAAUGAAAACAGGCAGAAAGUCCAGAAGAAGGGCAAAAGUGGUGAAGGUGACAGCACUGACAAACUGGAAUGUGGAACGUGCAGUAAACUGUUUUCCAAUGUUCUUAUUUUAAAGAGUCACCAAGAACAUGUACAUGGGCAAUUUUUUCCAUAUGGAGCACUAGAAAAAUUUGCUCGUCAAUACAGGGAGGCCUAUGACAAGCUUUAUCCAAUAUCUCCAUCUUCCCCAGAAACGCCACCUCCACCACCUCCGCCUCCUCCCCUACCACCAGCUCCUCCACAGCCUUCCUCCCUGGGUCCUGGAAAGCUUCCCAGCACAGUGUCUACUCCUCUGCAAGCCCCACCACCCACUCCUCCGCCACCCCCGCCUCCACCUCCACCUCCUCCUCCCCCUCCCCCACCACCUCCGCCCUCCGCUCCCCCUCAGGUACAGCUGCCUGUUUCUCUUGACCUCCCACUUUUUCCUUCCAUUAUGAUGCAACCUGUGCAGCACCCCGCACUUCCUCCCCAGCUGGCCCUGCAGCUGCCCCAGAUGGACACUCUCUCUGCAGAUCUCACUCAACUUUGCCAGCAGCAGCUCGGAUUAGAUCCCAACUUCUUAAGGCAUUCUCAGUUCAAACGCCCACGGACAAGAAUCACAGAUGACCAACUAAAAAUCCUGCGGGCUUAUUUUGACAUCAAUAAUUCUCCAAGCGAAGAACAGAUCCAAGAAAUGGCAGAGAAAUCUGGCCUGUCUCAAAAAGUGAUCAAACACUGGUUUCGAAAUACUCUUUUUAAAGAACGACAGAGAAAUAAGGAUUCACCGUACAACUUCAGUAACCCUCCUAUAACUGUUCUGGAAGACAUCAGAAUUGACCCACAACCCACCUCUUUAGAACAUUACAAAUCUGAUGCAUCCUUCAGUAAGAGGUCUUCUAGAACAAGGUUUACUGACUACCAGCUUAGAGUUCUACAAGACUUUUUUGACACAAAUGCUUACCCAAAAGAUGAUGAAAUAGAACAACUCUCCACUGUUCUCAACCUGCCUACUCGGGUUAUUGUUGUAUGGUUCCAGAAUGCCCGUCAGAAAGCACGAAAGAGUUACGAGAAUCAAGCAGAAACUAAAGAUAAUGAAAAAAGAGAACUCACGAAUGAACGGUAUAUUCGAACAAGCAACAUGCAGUACCAAUGUAAAAAGUGCAAUGUGGUUUUCCCCAGGAUCUUCGACUUGAUCACGCAUCAGAAAAAGCAGUGUUAUAAGGAUGAAGAUGAUGAUGCCCAAGAUGAAAGCCAAACGGAAGAUUCCAUGGACGCCACGGAUCAGGUGGUCUACAAGCACUGCACAGGGUCUGGCCAAACAGAGGUAGCCAAAAACACGGCCGCUCCUGCCGCAAGUUCUGGCUCUGGAACUAGCACCCCCCUGAUUCCGUCACCCAAACCAGAACCCGAGAAGGCAUCUCCGAAACCUGAGUAUCCCACAGAAAAGCCAAAGCAGAGUGACCCCUCUCCCGCUCCUCAAGGCACCAAGCCAGCCCUGCCCUUAGCAUCGACUUCCUCAGACCCACCGCAGGCAUCCGCCGCCCUGCCACAGCCACCAAAACAACCCCAACUAAUUGGAAGACCUCCCUCGGCCUCUCACACCCCGGUCCCCUCCAGUCCACUGCAAAUUUCCAUGACCUCUCUCCAGAACAGUCUACCUCCGCAGUUACUACAAUACCAAUGUGAUCAGUGUACAGUUGCCUUCCCCACCCUGGAACUCUGGCAGGAACACCAGCACAUGCACUUCCUCGCUGCUCAAAACCAAUUCCUUCACUCUCCCUUCUUGGAGAGGCCCAUGGACAUGCCCUACAUGAUCUUCGACCCCAACAACCCGCUGAUGACUGGUCAGCUGCUGAGUGGUUCUCUCACACAAAUGCCACCUCAGACCAGUUCCUCUCACUCCGCUGCCCCGGCGACAGUGGCUGCUUCCCUCAAAAGGAAACUGGACGACAAAGAAGAGAACAACUGCAGUGAAAAAGAGGGAGGGAACAGCGGGGAGGACCAGCACCGCGACAAACGCCUGAGAACCACCAUCACCCCGGAGCAACUGGAAAUCCUCUACGAAAAAUACUUGCUGGAUUCCAAUCCUACCAGAAAAAUGCUGGACCACAUCGCGCGGGAAGUGGGGCUGAAGAAACGGGUGGUGCAGGUCUGGUUCCAGAACACGCGAGCGCGGGAGCGCAAAGGCCAGUUCCGGGCCGUGGGGCCUGCGCAGUCUCACAAGCGGUGUCCCUUCUGCCGAGCGCUGUUCAAAGCCAAGUCCGCCCUGGAGAGCCACAUUCGCUCCCGCCACUGGAACGAAGGCAAGCAGGCCGGCUACAGCCUGCCCCCGAGCCCUUUGAUAGCCACCGAGGACGGCGGAGAGAGUCCUCAGAAAUACAUUUACUUCGAUUAUCCGUCUCUGCCGUUGACGAAAAUCGAUCUGUCGAGCGAGAACGAAUUGGCGUCCACGGUGUCCACGCCUGUGAGUAAAACGGCGGAGCUGUCGCCCAAGAAUCUGUUAAGCCCGUCUUCCUUUAAAGCGGAAGGGUCUGAGGAUGUGGAGAACUUACACGCCCCUCCCGCCGAGACUGGGUACGACCAAAAUAAACCCGACUUCGACGAGACCUCGUCCAUUAACACGGCCAUCAGCGACGCCACCACCGGCGACGAGGGCAACGCGGAGAUGGAGAGCACCACCGGAAGUUCCGGCGACGUGAAGCCCGCCAUGUCGCCCAAGGAACCCAAAACGGUCGACCCGGGGCCCAAGACUGCAAGCACCCCUACCGCGGAGGUCUGCGAUGACAAAUUUCUCUUUUCCCUCACGAGUCCCUCGAUCCAUUUCAACGACAAAGAUGGCGACCAUGACCAAAGCUUUUAUAUCACCGAUGACCCGGAUGACAACGCUGACCGCAGCGAAACUUCCAGCAUAGCUGACCCGAGCUCCCCGAAUCCGUUUGGAUCCAGCAACCCUUUUAAAUCCAAAAGUAACGACAGGCCAGGUCACAAGCGUUUCCGAACCCAGAUGAGCAACCUUCAGCUCAAGGUUCUCAAAGCCUGCUUCAGUGACUACCGCACACCCACCAUGCAAGAAUGCGAAAUGUUGGGGAAUGAGAUCGGGCUGCCCAAACGCGUGGUCCAGGUGUGGUUUCAAAACGCAAGGGCGAAGGAAAAGAAAUUUAAAAUCAACAUAGGGAAGCCUUUCAUGAUCAAUCAAAGUGGAACAGAAGGCACCAAACCAGAGUGCACCCUGUGUGGGGUGAAGUACUCUGCCCGCUUGUCCAUCAGAGAUCAUAUUUUCUCCAAACAGCACAUUUCGAAGGUGAGGGAGACUGUUGGCAGCCAGCUGGAUCGUGAGAAAGAUUACUUAGCUCCCACAACCGUGCGGCAGCUGAUGGCUCAGCAAGAACUUGAUCGCAUAAAGAAAGCUUCAGAUGUGCUGGGCUUGACCGUCCAGCAGCCAGGCAUGAUGGACAACAGCUCCCUCCAUGGCAUCAGCCUGCCAGCCACCUACCCAGGACUCCCCGGCCUUCCACCAGUCCUUCUGCCUGGAAUGAACGGCCCGUCCUCCUUGCCUGGAUUCCCACAAAAUUCAAACACUUUGACACCUCCCGGUGCAGGCAUGCUUGGGUUUCCUAAUUCAGCUACUUCGUCUCCUGCCCUGUCUCUCAGCAGUGCCCCCACCAAACCUUUGCUGCAGACUCCACCACCUCCACCACCACCUCCUCCUCCUCCUCCUUCAUCCUCUCUGUCAGGACAGCAGACCGAGCAACA